UUUUGGUGGUUAUGUGAAGGCAUUUCUAAUAAAAUGUUGCAUGAAGAUUUUUCUAUAUUCUGUUAAUUUAUUUUAAAAACUUUGUUUAAAAAUAAUGAAAACCAUUUAGAUAUAGUCAUGGAUGAAAUAGAGAUAGUUCAGCAAGAGGAAAGGGAAGUUUUAGCUUCGAUAUAUGAAGGCGAUAAAUGCUUUAAGCAGAUUGCCCAAAAUACUUUUCAGUAUAAGGCAAAUAUUUUAGGUUUCAUUUCAAUUUUACAGUAUGGGGUGAGCGACACAGUGAAGUCAUUUCUUUUGGAAAUAAAAUGGGGAGAGACAUAUCCUGAAGAGCUGCCACAAAUCUCCAUGGAGUUAUUUUAUAACAAACAUGUUCUGCCUUCCAUUAAAGAUAAAGUAGUUAAUUUGGUGAAAACAGAAGCACAGCAAUUUUUGGGAAUGUCAAUGACUUAUUCUUUGUUUGAGUUUGUUAAAGAAAAAUUUGAAGAACUGAUAAAAGACCAACCAGAUAAUAUUAAUGAAAUUGAAGUAGAAAAGUUGCACAUAUUAGACCAAGAACCUUCACAAUCUGCCAAAAAGGAAAAAAAGGAGCAACUGACUAAGGCUCAGAAAAGAAGGCAGUGGAAUAGAAUGGAUGGAAAGGGAGAAAAACCUAGAGGUUGGGAUUGGGUGGAUGUCAUCAAGCACUUGUCUCAAACUGGCUCAAAAAUUGAUAACCUCCCUGUUACUUGAAAUAAUUUUAUAUAAAACCUGUUUGUUAAUAGUUGUUUAUUUUUU